AUGCUGCAAGAACAGGAAGGUGAGAUAGAGUAGAUCAUCGAUCAUAGAGUUACAGAUUCAGAAUAUCCCCAAUAUGAGCUACUAGUUGAAUGGAAAGCUGGAAAGCCUUCUUGGGAACCAUUUUAGCAGCUGUUUAAAGAUGUGUCUUAGUUAGUCACAGACUACUUUAGAACUACAAAUGUCAGUAUCAAUGAUGUUAUGGAUUGUGAAAGGAGAGCAGAAUAAACCAAAAGACAAAAUGAAAGAUUCAACAGUAGAGGAACUAGAGGUAGUGGGUUUAGGGGUAGAGGAUUCAAUUCUGGACCAAACUCAAGGGGAGGUAGAGGAUAAAGCAACAUGUAUGGAAGAGGAGUACCUCAUGACUAAGUGGAAAGAGGAGGUCAUUUUAGACAAAAUGGAAACUAAAGUAAUCAAGGCAACUAUCAGCAACAAUAAGAGGAGUUUGAUCCUAAAAAAUUUAGACUAAUGAUGAGAUCUAGAGCAGCAGAUAGAAAAAUUUAGCAAUGGGAGGCCUAAAACUCUUUAUUAAAACAAGCAAAGAUUGAAUCUCCUGAAAAUGUUGUGCAAACUCAAGAACAAAAUUUGACAAAAUCUGAUGAUGUGGAUAUGGAAGACCCUUUAGCGUUGCUAUAGUAAGCUAACAAAGCUUAAUCUAUUUGGGGAAUCUCACCAAAGUAAUAAGAAACCCCUAAACCUAUUUAGAAUAAUAAGACUAAUAUAUGGGGAGCAAGCAAUUCCCAAUAAACACAAAACUCAACUUCAUCAAUCUAGGAUUUCUAUAGACAGUAGAAGAAUAAUGAGAGAUAAAUGAGAAUGUAAAAGUUAUUAGAACUUGAAAAAAUUUAGAAAGCUAAGAUUGAGCGACAAGAGUUUGUGACCAAAGUUCUCGAUUAACCUUUGAAAGAUUAUUCUAAGAGUGAAGUUGGUAUUAUGAUAACUAUGGAUUAUUAGAAGAGUAUUAAUGAGAUCAAUCAAAUUCAAUCAGCUUAAGGUUAGUAAUUAUCUAGUGGCCCUAUUCAGGUGAUUUAUGCUGAUAAAGAUGAUGGUCAAACAAUUAAUGAAUGUCAAGAUGAGAUUUAUUCAUACGCUAUUUUAAAUGGUGAUCUAUAAUCAAACCAGAUUUGUAAGAUAGCCUCCUCUCAACUUAAAUAAAAGGCUCACAAGAUAAGUGUUCUUGAUUACUAUGAAAAGAUGUAUUGCCAGUCAUUAAACUGA